UGGUCUUGUAAUUCACCGAGAUAGUAAAGAAAACAAUCCUGAGACGCCUUUUAAAUUUACUCAGGAGAAUUUGAAGAAGAUUGAGUCUUUGCUUGCAAACUUUCCUGAAGGUCACAAGGUUGUUUUGAUUAUUUUUGUUUUUUGUAGGGUUAAGUUUGUAAGGCAUUUUUAACAUUUUAUUGGAGGGUUUAAGUGAUUUGGGUUGGCUACUAAUUUUUAAAUAUUUUUAUUAAACCUUGUCAUUUUGUAGCAAGCUGCUCUUCUUCCAGUCCUUGAUUUGGCGCAACGCCAAAAUAGAUGGCUGCCAAUCUCUGCUAUGCAUGAAGUUGCUCGGAUUUUGGGUAUUUUAACUCCUGUAAUUAUUAAAUAAAAGUUUUUCUCAGAAAUUCCAAGGAUGCGAGUUUACGAAGUAGCAACUUUCUACACGAUGUAUAACAGAGAACCUGUUGGCAAAUACUUUAUUCAACUUUGUGGGACAACUCCUUGUAUGCUUCGCGGGGCUGAAACUAUUAUGGAAGCUAUUUGCAAAAAACUUGAAAUAAAGCCUGGGGGUACAACUAAAGAUGGAUUAUUUACUGUUAAGGAAGUUGAAUGCCUUGGUGCUUGUGUAAAUGCUCCAAUGGUUCAGAUAAACGAUGAUUAUUAUGAGGAUUUAACUGUUGACGAUAUUAAUGAAAUUAUUGAUGAUCUUAAAAAUGGGAAGAGACCUUUGCCUGGCCCGAAAAGUGGAAGAUUGGCGUCUGAACCUAUAAAAUCAAAAACUUCGUUAACAGAACCUCCAAAGGGACCUGGUUUUGGUAUUCAAGAAGGAUUGUAG